AUGCCGGGAGGAGCAGUGGUGGUCGACAGCAGCAACGGCAAAGACUGCAGCCACGCGACGGCAGCAAGGAGCUUCCCGGCGAAGCUUUCCAGGCCGCUGCUUCUGAUCUUGGCGGUGCUCGUCACCGGCUUCCUCGCGGCGCCGUCUCUCCUCUUCCUCGGUGGCAGCGGGGCCGCCUCCAGCUACUACGGCCUCCCGAGUCUCCCCGUCCCCGACGUCCUCCUCGCGGCCGUGAGAUCGGCGCCGUGCGCGGAGGAGAAGGAGGUGUAUCGGUGGUGGGCGCGGCCGCCAUCCAAGAGCGCGUGGCACAACAUGAGUGACGAGGAGCUUCUGUGGGCGGCGUCGUUCGAGCCCAGGACCGCGCCGCCGCCGCGGCCAUCGACGCCGAGGAAGGUGGCGUUCCUCUUCCUGACGCGCGGCCCGCUGCCGCUAGCACCGCUGUGGGAAAGGUUCUUCCACGGCACCGGCGGCACCGCCGGAAGCGGAAGGAAGCUAUUCUCCGUGUACGUCCACACGACGCCGGGGUACCGCCUCGACUUCCCGCCGUCGUCGCCGUUCCACCGCCGCCAGGUCCCCAGCAAGGCCACAGAGUGGGGGAUGCCGAGCGUGGUGGACGCCGAGCGGCGGCUGCUGGCAAACGCGCUGCUCGACCUCGACAACGAGCGCUUCGUGCUCGUCUCCGAGUCAUGCAUCCCUCUCCAUCCUCUCGCCACCAUCCACGCCUACCUGACCCGCUCCGCCCACAGCUUUGUCGCCGUCGUCGACGAUCCGGGCCGAGACGGCCUUGGCCGGUAUCCCGCCGGCCUGGCCCCAGAAGUGCCAGUCUCGCGGUGGCGCAAGGGCACGCAAUGGUUCGAGCUCCACCGAUCCCUCGCCGUGUUCGUGGUCGCUGAUGGCCACUACUACCCGAGGUUCCGGGAGGAGUGUUUGCCGCGGUGCUACGUGGACGAGCACUACCUCCCCACGGUGCUCACCAUGGAGGAGCCCGGGAGCCUCGCGAACCGCAGCGUGACCUUGGUCGACUGGAGCCGCGGCGGCGCGCACCCCGCGAGGUUUGGUGCAAGGGAUGUGGGGGAGGAGUUCCUGGAGAGGCUGGCGGGGAAGAAGGAGAAGGAGAGGUGUAUGUACAAUGGGCAGCCGGUGGAGGUAUGUUUUCUGUUCGCCAGGAAGUUCGCUCCUGGCGCGUUGCAGAAGCUGCUCCAGCUUUCCCCCAGGAUCCUCGGAUACUAG